GUGUUUAUCGGUCGCACAGGUAGAAGGGACGGAAAUGGCCGGGCGUAAUUAUCGCAUGCUUCGCCCAUCGUCUGCACGCUGAGACAACGUCAAAGGUUGGACAACCGAUCGGGCUAAAGUUGCGCGGAUUCUUAAUCACCGAGAAGCAACAGCAUCUACAGAGACAACACAUCCACGGGCAAACCCUGCCACAAAUUGCAUUUCUAUUUGAAUAAUUGUCAUGGGAAAAAACAAUAUAGAGUUCCCUAAAAAGCGCUCGUGAAAAGAACAAGGAGUUUGAUAGUCAAAAGAGCAUGAGAGUCAAAUAAGAAUUUAUUAAUGAUAAAUAGAGUGUUUAAUAUAACAUCACCCUUUUCCCUCUCCAUUUUUAAAGUGACUGUUUGACAGGGAAAAACAGAAUACUGGCAUAAAAUAUGAAUAUCAAGAUAAGCACCUAAAUUCUCCUGUUUGGAGGUGACUUAUUGACAUCAUAGCAAUAGGGGUGGGUCAUGACUCAGUUGCCAUGCGUGUUGUCAUGGUGACCAGCCCCUGUACCCCUUCCCCCCUCCUCUGGUUGGUCCAGCUUUUGUUGUGGUUUCACAACCAUGGACCACAGCUGACGGAGGCAGCACCCCCGUGCCCCACCCCCUGUACCUGCUCCAAUCAGGCGAGCCGUGUCAUCUGUACAAGGAAGACUUUAGAUCAAGUCCCAGACAGCAUUUCAGAGAACACAAGAUACCUCAAUCUGCAAGAGAACACAAUCCAGGUGAUCAAGUCUGACACAUUCAAACACCUGCGGCAUUUGGAAAUCCUCCAGCUCUCCAAGAACCACAUCCGGCAAAUUGAGGUUGGAGCUUUCAAUGGCCUUCCGAACCUCAACACGCUGGAGCUUUUUGACAACCGUCUCACAGUGGUACCGUCACAAGCCUUUGAGUACCUCAGCAAGCUAAGAGAACUAUGGCUACGGAACAACCCUAUCGAGACACUGCCGGCAUAUGCCUUUCACCGCGUUCCCUCGUUACGCCGUCUCGAUCUAGGGGAACUCAGGAAGCUGGAUUACAUCUCGGAUGCUGCUUUCGAAGGUCUGGUCAACUUGCGCUUCUUAAACCUUGGCAUGUGUGGCUUGAAGGACAUCCCUAACCUCACCCCGCUGGUACGACUGGAGGAGUUGGAGCUGUCAGGGAACCAGCUGGGGAUAGUCAGGCCCGGGUCCUUUCAGGGCCUGGUGUCGCUCCGCAAGUUGUGGCUGAUGCACUCCAGAGUCUCAGUCAUUGAACGCAACGCUUUUGACGACCUCAAAAACUUGGAGGAGCUCAACCUCUCCCACAACUCCCUGCACUCCCUGCCCCAUGACCUCUUCACACCUUUGCACCAGCUGGAGAGGGUACAUCUGAACCACAACCCAUGGGUGUGCAACUGUGAUGUUCUGUGGCUCAGCUGGUGGCUGAAAGAAACGGUUCCCAGCAACACCACGUGUUGUGCCCGUUGCCACGCGCCCCCAGGUAUAAAAGGCAAAUACAUAGGGGAGCUAGACCAGAGCCACUUCACCUGCUACGCCCCGGUGAUUGUUGAGCCACCCACUGACCUCAAUGUCACAGAGGGCAUGGCCGCCGAGCUCAAAUGUCGCACCGGAACCUCGAUGACCUCCGUGAAUUGGUUCACGCCGAACGGCACUCUGAUGACUCACGGGUCGUACCGAGUUAGGAUCUCAGUGCUUCACGACGGAACACUGAACUUCACAAACGUGACGGUGCAAGACACGGGGCAGUACACCUGCAUGGUGACCAACUCCGCGGGAAACACCACAGCGACCGCCGUGCUCAAUGUGUCCGCCUCAGACCCCAGCAACAGCUACAGCUAUUUCACCACCGUCACUGUGGAAACAGUGGAGACAGUGAGAGGAGACGAGGAGAAUUCAGCAAGACAGUACAUUAAUGAGACCUUCAUAGAUUUCCCCAAUCCUACUGUUCAAAGAGGUGUGUUGGACGGCCGGCCUGGCAUCACUAUAUCGCCCUCCCUCUCCUCUCUUUCCUCACUUUCCCCACGAGCCAACAGAGCCACGGCAAAUGCAGUGACUGUGUCCAUAAUUGAUGUAACUAACAUUCCCGGCCUAGAUGAUGUAAUGAAAACAACUAAGAUCAUCAUAGGUUGCUUCGUGGCCAUUACCUUCAUGGCAGCUGUGAUGUUGGUUGUAUUCUACAAACUGCGCAAGCAGCACCAGCUACACAAGCACCAUGGCCCCGCCAGGGCCAUCGAGAUUGUCAACGUAGAAGAUGAGAUCGGAGCCGGGGCCGGGAGCGGCAUCUCAGGCGGCUCAACGAUGAAUUCCGGCUGUGGAGAAGGAACCCUGAGGAGACAUCAUCCAGAAAUAGUCAACCUGCCCAAUAUCGGUCGCACAGACACCCUAAACCAUUACUACAAAUCCCAUCACUUCAACAACAACGUGAUGGGUCUGAGUAUCGGCUCCGAUGGGAUGGGACCAGGAAUGAUGCUCAAUAGCAAGAACCAGCAUGUCCAGGACAUCCCCAUCUCGUGCACCUCGGUCCCAAUUUCCUCGUCUAAUAUGCUCACCCAAUCCGGCAAUGGCAACAACAUCAACCCCUGUUCUAUGUCGCCACCGCUGCCGAUGUCCCUUCCCAUGCCUACCAUGGGCUUACACGGAUCCAUCAAGGGCUUCAUGGGCCAAAACCAGAACCCCCAAAUGGAGCCACUUCUCUUCAAGGGGAACUCAAAAGAAAACGUCCAAGAGACUCAGAUCUAAAAAGGAAAGCGAGUAUAGAGAGAGUGUGAGAUUUGGAGACAGAGAGGGGAUUGAUGUUGGUUUUAUGCGCGGAAUGAUUAGACACUAGAGUGCAUUGACAUUACACCAGGAAAGAGGAUAGACUGACACGGCAAUACACAAACACAUAGACUUCUCCGUGACAGCGUACUGAGCCAAGGAUUACCACAACGGGCCACUUGUGUUUGUAGUAACGAUCAUGGAGAUCAAGGAAUGGACAUUGCUACAAUGUAAAUCUGUGCCAAAGCAAAUGUUUUUUUGCCGUUUCUACAAGCUGUGUUCUCAUAGGGAAAACUAGCCUUUAGGAUUAAUCAGUACCCAAAUUGGUGUUGGCCAGCAGGAGAGGAAAGGCACGCAUGGCACUCACAACCCUGAAGAUCGGAGAUGUUGCGGAACAAAAUCCAAGAGACAUUUUUCAUCCACACGAGCCACACUCUCUCUCUCAAGCGAAUAGACUCCCUCAAGGUGACAAUUAUGUAGGCAUAAAUAGACGGACAGAAAGGUACAGUGCAGUACAAACUACUGUGAAAAAUCCACAAAUUAUAUAAAUAUAUUUUCAUUUAAAUAUGUAUCAUUGCAGACUCCGAUGCAGAGAUAUUUUGGGGUGGAUGUAGUUUGUUUCUUUGUGGAUAAUCAGGGGCGUCGACGGCGAAGGUUGGUUAUGAUACGUGUUUUAAGUUUGGCUACUUCUCAGAAACAUAAGGGCUCAAUUGCAACACUCAUUGUGAAUCUUUGAAUUGGCUUUGUAACAUAAAGUCCGUUUAGGUUGUGGAAAAGUAAUUGCAGAUCUCUGUUUGACAAACCUUUUUUUGUUGCUUCAGUAAUAAUCAUUACAAACUUUUGUGUUCUGAGAGUGUAUUAUGUAUUUUGUAAAAGCCAGCUACUUGGUAUUUGAAUCGACAAUUCUGAUACUUAAAUGCCAGCAUCCCAUAAAUGUUAAAAAGGUGUUUCACAAACCCGGAAAGCUAACAAUGCAAGACCUGUGUGGGUAAAACUAAAGUGUUGACAAUGUGUUAUUUGAAUCAGAUCAGUAGCCAGAUAUUUGCUUUUAGACAGGAAUCUGACCCCCUUGGUCAUGGUUACCAUAAUCAUGCCAUAAAAUGCUGUCAUAAGGAUGAUUAUCUGCAGCAGUAUUCAAGAAGGGAUAAAACAUCCAUCUUAGGAUGAUUGGAAUGAAUGGAAAUGUACAGUAUAUUAAUAAUAAUAAUGUCUGGUUGUAUGACAAUUGUAAGAUCCACAUUUUUACAGUGUAACUUUCAUAUGUUAAAUGCCAUUUACGCUUCUAGCGUUUCAACUAUGUAUUUCUUUAUUUUUGUUAGUUUGAUAUAAUGUGUACAGUUGUCUAGCCAUGUAUCAUUACGUGUGAAAUAAAUCAAUCAAAUAUUGGGUUGUGGCGGGUCAAUGUGGCAACCACAUUAGUGAAGGGUGAGACAUUAUGCAGGCCUCCGUGCUGAACCUGGAUUGAAUGUAUUGGUUUGUGGUUAAGUCAUCCCGGUAAUGACAGGUGCUGCUUUAUUAACACGGUCACACAGGCUUUUAGAUGUUCCACAGAAAUGCCGGGUUUUACAAAAUGAGUGUUUUUAACAGAACUCGAUAAAAAGUUAUACUUAACGAAGCUGCUUUUGUCUGAAAUUCGACCCCAGUACGCUUCUGCCACGGCGGUUCUUUGUACUGGUGUGGAAAAGGGUCGAAGAAUUGAGAAAAGAUGUUUAAUGAAUGAAAUAUCGCUUCUUUUUUUGUUGUUGUAUCGAGCAGGAACCUAAAAAUGUUUGUUGCAAUUGAGCACAAACUGGACCAGUUAUUCCAGAUAAAUGUACCUGAGAUAGUAUCAUCAACCAAGUCAUGUCAACAAGGUUUUGGACUGGGACGCAGCUCUGAAUGGGAUUUUGCUGGGGCGUUUUCUGUUGCACCCCCCCCCCCCUCACAACUGCAUUGCUUAUAUAUAAGAGCCGUUUUGUGUGAUUGAUGAUGGUUUCUCUUAGCAACAACAAGGCCACACUCAUUGGACGACGAGGACCCUGAGGAAUAGUAGUAAUAAUGAUGAUAAUAUGAGUGGUGGUAUCACACAAAACCCCACCCCAGAUUGCACCGUCAAAGAGGUUAAUUGAAAGGAUUUCAUGUUCCAUGAAAGGAACAUCUUCUGCAUCAAUGCGCACGCCGUUCACCCUGCUUAAUGAUCUAUGAUAAUACGCCUGGUUGUAUUUGCGACACCAUGUGUAAACUGAUUGAUCGAACAGAUCAGUGUGUCUAAAUUAGGUUGGACCUCAUAGGAGAAGCGCAGUAAACGUAGAUGCGUUGUAACCCCACAGGCUGAACUAGUGGGCCGGGUUCAACGCACAUGGAAUAUAAAUGAAGGCUAAAGACACAACACAUGGGCCGCUCCAUUGAUGUGCCGCGUCUGGCGACUCUGCCGUCAGAUUUGAAAGAGCAUACUAGAUACCUCCUCGCCUGCAUCGCUGCACGUUAACUGUGGAACAAACCCUUUUUUGUUUUUUACCUGAACGCCGCCGUGGCAGCGUUCAAUCACGACGGUGAGUCACCAAAUGGGCGCAGAAAUGUUCCUUUCAUAACCUCUGGACGUCCGUUACAUGCAACGUGCUCCAUCAUCAUCAUUAUUAGUAACAUUUUGAGGGAAGGCAGAAGCGCUUUCUUCUAUCUGUAGUAUAGUGGCUGCCGUUGUACAUAUGUAAGCCAUCACAUUCUGCAGAUGUAUGACCCCCUUUUAGUGAAAAUCACAAGCUUCAGACUAAAAUCUGAAUAUGUGCAUAUUGGGCAACUGUACCUCACUGUUUUAUAUAGUAUAUGGUGUUUGGCUGCAGAUGGAGUACUGGCAUAUGCGUAUCCUCUGCACCAUCCGUUGAUUACAAUGGACGCUGCAGGCCAGAUGACAUUUCUAGGUUUGUUUGAAGCUCCUUAAUGAAAAAAGAUUGUCAAAUCACCAAAUUGCAAGUCAAGAAAGGACUGAACUUUUGGUCUUUUAAAGGAACUAUGUGUUUGAUAAAACAAUGACCUGGGUCUGUUUUGAAUGCUUUUUUUAAAGAGAGAGAAAGAGCGGGAGGGAACAUUCUUAAGCUUUAGGUGAAAUUAGAUUUCAUUAAUACUAAAAUAAUUAUAUAUAUAAAAAGUAAUUUUAUGUUUUUUUUGUUUCCUUUUUAUUUUCCAGUUGUUGGUUGUAUCUCAGUAUGUGAUAUUAUCAAUUUGGGUCUUCAUGUAUUGUCAUUAAAUGUCAUUUUUUUCAUGCCUUCAUGCAGCUA